GCGUUUUAUUUUUGGCUUCUCUCACCGCUCUUUCCCCCUUUGGAAUACAAGUUUCUAUGGCAGCAGCGAGACCUUUUAAUCCUAACGAUUACCCUGUGGUCAUUGGUAUCGACUUUGGUACGACGUUCUCGGGCUGCUCUUAUGCUUUUAUCCAGAACGAUGAGGUCGUCGAUAUUGUGAGAUGGCCCAAGCAGAAUAAUAAUGUGUACCCAAAGACGCCAACGUUGAAUUUUUAUCAAGGCAACUCCAGUCAAAUGACACAAUGGGGUAACGCGGCACGACUGGAAAUGCAACGACCGACUGCUCGUAAUUCGGUCCUAUUGAAGCAGUAUAAGCUUUAUCUGGAUGAGAACAUCGCGAAAGAACUUCCACCAUUGCCCAAUGGACUUACCAUUGUGGAUGCUAUUGCUGAUUAUCUUCACGCAUUUCACGAACAUGUGGUGAAUGAGUUAAAGAAAGGCUUCGCUCGUAACUAUGGUCAACACCAAUUCCGUUAUUGUUUAACGGUUCCCGCCAUGUGGUCCGACCGAGCCAAAAACACGAUGCGCGAUGCUGCGAUUAAGGCUGGUCUUAUCGCGGAAGAUGAUCACCGUGAUCGAUUGAUGCUUAUUUCUGAACCGGAAGCUGCUGCUUUGUAUUGCGAGAAAAAGUGUGAUCAAUUUGAUCUUCGUCAUGGCGAUAAAUUCAUGAUCUGUGAUGCAGGAGGUGGAACUGUGGAUUUGAUUGUUUUUGAGAUUGAUGAACGAAUGGGACGAAAACUGCGAGAAUCAACAAAGGGCCACGGUCAAUCGUGUGGUUCUGUAUUUUUGGAUCGUCGUAUGCGUAAAUUGCUAAAGAAGAAGUUCAAGGAAUAUUUGUCAUCGAUUCCUGCUUCUGCAUUCGAGACGAUGAUGGACACAUUUGUCGAUCUGAUUAAGCCUCAGUUUGAUGGUGUGGAAGAUCAGUUUAUUUCAUUACCGGCAUCGAUGAACUUGGACACACUGAACAAUCCUGCGAUUGGACUGGAAGACGGCAUGCUUUGUAUCACCGCCGCGGAACUGAAACAAGAAGUGUUUGAACCGGUGAUCCGCGAAGUACUGGCUCUAAUCGAGGAUCAACUGUUCAAGGCCGGUUCUUUACAAGCCAUUUUCCUUGUGGGUGGUUUUGGUUCGUCGAAUUACCUGUUUGAGCGUGUUCAGCAAGAAUUUGGACCACGAGUGGGUCUUGUGGCUGUGCCUCCCAGAUGUGAAUUAGCGGUUGUGAGAGGCGCAGUUUAUUUCGGUCUGAAUCCGCGCGUCGUGACAACACGUAUUCCACGUUAUUGGUAUGGUAUCGAUACAACCACCACCUUUGAAGAGGGCAUCGAUCCUCCCAGUUACAAGAUCGUUCGCGCCGACGGCAGUGUACGAUGUGACAACCGAUUCUCGGUAUAUGUCCAACGCGGGCAACCGCUCGAAACCGACAAUUGCGUAUCCAAGGACUUUUUCGCUUACUAUCCCCACCAUACCACCUGUACACUGUACGCUGCAGAUACCGAAGAACAACCCCGCUACACAACAAGUCCUGGUGUACGAAAAGUCGCUCAUUUCACAAUCCCUAUGCCUGCACUGACAGGGGUGAUGGAAGGUGAAAAGGUGGAUUUAUCUAUAAAGAUGUAUUUUGGCGAAGUAGAACUUAGAGUCGAAGCUGUUAUCCGAGGCAAGACUUAUGGCACCACCUGCACUUUUGAUACCGAUUAGCAUUAUCAAUGAACCUAUUAAAACCUGCCAUUAAGCUAUUCGACACAAGCAUACUGUAAUCCACUGAAGCUCCCUCUUUUUUUUUGUUUCUUAUUCAUUAAGGCGUAGUUGGUUAUCAACACCUAUGCUGCGAAAUAUACUAUGAAUUAUGUAAUGUAAGCAAACAUGCGAAAAUAUAUCCACUGUGGUAUGCAUAAGGCACCACUGUUGGUUUCUGUUGGCAUGAUAGUACACAAGAAAGAAGCCAUCUUCUCCCCAGGGAACCACCGGAAUAGUGGC